AUGCCUUCUGCCAUUGUGACAGGUGCCACCGGAAUCACUGGUAGCGCCAUUGUCCAUCAUCUUCUGAAAGAUCCUUCCUACGACAAGAUCUAUUCAUUUUCUCGCAGCAAUCCGGGAUACAAGGACCCAAAAAUCCAACAUGUCACUUUGGAUCUCCAAGGAUCUGCACAGGAUAUGGCAAAAUCUCUGGGACGAAUAUCUGCCGAAUAUAUUUAUUUUUGCGCCUACCUCGUACCCCAAAACCCCGACGACCUAUCUCGAGUGAACUCGGCGAUGUUGUCCAAUUUCCUACAGGGUCUGGAAUUCAGCGGAGCCGCUGGGAAGAUCAAACGCUUCAUUCUGACCUGCGGAUUCAAGCAGUACGGCGUACAUAUUGGACAGAGCAAGCAGCCCUUAUUGGAAGAUGAUCCUCUCCUAGAGAACGGGGCAGGCGGAGCCCAGUGGCCUCUAAUAUUUUACUACGACCAACAACGCAUAUUAAUUGAAGCUGCUAAGAAGGGCUCAUGGGAAUGGGUUGCCACUCUUCCCGAGGAUGUUCUCGGAUACGCCAGGGGAAAUUUCAUGAAUGAGGCCACGUCCCUUGGGCUCUAUUGCGCAGUGAGCAAAGCGCUACCCGGCUCAGAACUUCCUUACCCCGGAAGCAAGGCAAAUUAUUUCACCUUCAACUGCUGGACCUCAGCCAACCUACAUGCGAAGUUCUGUCUCUGGGCAGCAAAAGCACCAGGAGCAGGAAAUGAGAUUUUCAACGUGAUGAACGGCGAUACAGAAUCCUUCCAGAAUCUGUGGCCUCGUCUCGCAACCCGAUUCGGCUGCCGUCUUCCGGAUCCCAUGUUCCCCAAUGGUGCGACUCCGGGGUCGAAGGGCUUCAAUAAUUAUGAAUCUUCUACUAUUAAGCUGGAGAAUAAACCCCCUCUGAAGGUGGCGGCUUCAAGCCUAGGUAUCUCUGGUGAUCCUUUGGCGGAGACUUCCCCGACUUUGUUCCUUCAAGUCGAUCCGGUGAAGUGGGCGAAGCGAGAUGACGUUAAUCAGGCCUGGGGACAACUCCGCGAUAAGUACGGUCUUGAUCAGAAGGCCUGGGAGAAGGCUACAUGGGAUUUCUUGGUCAUGACUCUGGGUCGGGAUUGGCAUUGUGUCGCAAGCAUGAGCAAGGCGAGGAAGUUGGGAUGGACAGGAUAUGCGGAUACUUGGGAUGAGUUGGAGGAGACUCUGGAGAUAUUGGAGAAAGAGGGCGUUCUGCCCCCUCUGGAUCAACUGAAGCACGACUUUUAG